CAUUUUAAAAAGAAAACAACUUCUUUUUUAACUGCCAAUGUGCCCUCGAUCGCCAACGACAAAUCCAAAAAAGUGUUCAUCCUCCAUUGUUUCUUCUCUGCAUAUUGGAAGCUAAUAUCAAAAUUUUCCUUUCUUCGGUCUGAAACAACGACGAAUCUCCAACAUUAAAAAAAUCUUCCAUUUUUUGGUUUCCUGAUCGAAUCGGCAAAUCUGUUCGGGGAAAAGCAAACCCCGUAAUAAAACCGAAUUGCCUUAUCCUUCUUCUCAUCGGUAGCAGCGGACUAGAAAGCACAUUCGUGUUCAUAUAUUUUCUAUACUCUAAUUCAUUCAACCAUGGCAAUGGACGAAAAGUCCAAACCCCUUGCUCCGUCAAUUUGGGAAGACAUCAAAUAAAUUUUCUGGACUGUUGGAGUUACUUUGGGAUAUGUUUGCCAUCUGAGCUGAUCAAAGGAGGCAUUCAAGACUUUUAAUGGAUGCUUUCGCAAAUGAGUUUUCAUAAGAUUACUAACUGCACAUUUUUUAGUAGAGAUGAUUUUAUCUGCACUGCUGACUUCUGCUGGAAUAAAUACAGCAGUCUGCGUCGCUUGCUUCUUUCUGUACUCAGUUUUAAGGAAGCAACCAAGUCUAGUAAAUGUCUACUUCGGACAGAAGCUUUCACAUGUCCAUCUUAAACGGCAUGAUCCCUUCUGUUUUGAACGGUUUGUUCCUUCUCCUAGUUGGAUUCUCAAGGCUUGGGAGACCUCUGAUGAAGAAAUGCAUGCUGUUGGAGGGUUAGAUGCUCUUGUCUUUGAUCGUACUAUGGUUUUCAGUAUCCGGAUAUUCUCCAUUGCUGCUAUAGUGUGCCUUUUCCUUGUGCUGCCACUAAACUAUUUAGGACAGGAAGUAAAGCACAAGCUGACUCCCGGGGAGUCAUUGGAGAUUUUCACCAUUGAGAAUGUCAAGGAAGGGUCUAAGUGGCUUUGGGCACAUUGUCUUGCAUUGUACAUCAUUACCUGCUCUACUUGCAUUCUUCUUUACUUUGAAUACAAGUAUAUCACGAGGAUGAGGUUGGCAUACAUUAAAUCAUCUAUUUCCAAUCCAAGUUAUUUCACCGUUCUGGUUCGUGGGGUCCCAUGGUCUGAAGAAGAAGCAUACAGUGAGAUGGUUGCAAAAUUCUUCACAGAUUAUUAUGCAUCAAGUUAUUUGUCUCACCAAAUCGUAUACCGGUCUGGUGUUGUUCAGAAACUGGUGACUGAUGCAGAAAAAGUGUAUAGGAUGCUAAAACCUGGACAGCAUGGACCUAGUCUCUUGAGGUGUGGAAUCUGUGGAGGAAAGUCAGCAUCUUUCAAGGUUCUUUCUACCGAUUCAGAAAUCGAUAAAGAAAGGAGGGAUUUAAAUGGUCCCAAUUUGAGAGAUCAGGAAUGUGCAGCUGCUUUAGUAUUUUUCAGAACACGGUAUGCUGCUUUGGUUGCUUCACAGGGAAUUAAAUCUCCAAAUCCAAUGUUAUGGGUGACAGAUCUUGCCCCAGAACCAAGAGACAUGUACUGGUCAAACAUUUGCGUGCCUUAUAGGCUUCUUUGGAUCCGUAAAAUAAUUAUUCUAAUGGCAUCCAUUUUUUUCGUCGCCUUCUUCCUCGUCCCGGUUUCCCUAACCCAAGGCCUCGUCCACCUCGACAAGCUUCAACACACAUUUCCAUUCCUGAGAGGCGCAUUGAAGAGGAAGUUCAUAAUUCAACUCGUGACUGGAUAUCUACCCAGUGUUGUCUUAAUACUGUUUUCUUACCUCGUCCCACCAUUAAUGAUGCUGUUCUCCACAAUGGAAGGCUCCAUUUCCCGAAGCGGGCGAAAGAAGAGUGCGUGCAUUAAGAUCUUGUACUUCAUGGUUUGGAAUGUGUUCUUUGCGCAGACGAUUUCGGGGUCAGUCAUUGAUGGGUGGAGUGCGAUCGAUCAACUGGGUAAAAAUUUAAAAGACAUUCCUAACCUCCUUGCCAGGGCAGUGCCUUCCACGGCUACUUUUUUCAUAACUUAUGUUUUGACUUCGGGGUGGGCCAGUCUGUUCUGUGAGCUCAUGCAACCGUUUGGGAUUCUUUGCAACCUUUUCUAUAGGUUUGUUCUGUGGAACAAAGAUGAAUCAACUUAUGGAACAAUGACAUUUCCUUAUCACACUGAAUUCCCAAGGGUCCUCCUCCUGGGGCUUCUGGGGUACACCUGUUCCAUUCUUGCCCCUCUGAUUUUGCCCCCAUUGCUGGUCUACUUCUCCCUUGCAUACAUUGUGUACCGCAAUCAGAUUUUGAAUGUAUACGUGACAAAAUACCAGACGGGGGGACGCUAUUGGAUCAUUGUGCACAAGGCAACAAUGUUCUCGGUUGUGCUGACACAGAUAAUAGCAUUGGGAGUGUUUGGACUGAAAAAGUCGACCGUUGCAACGGGCUUCACCAUUCCAUUGAUAAUCUGCACGCUGCUUUUCAAUGAGUACUGCCGGCAGAGGUUCCAUCCGGUGUUCAGAAACAACCCCGCGCAGGUGCUUGUUGAAAUGGACAGGGCGGAUGAACAGAGCGGGCGGAUGAAAGAGAUCUAUCAGAAGGUGACGUCUGCUUAUUGUCAGUUCAGAAGAACUUCGCUAACGCUAGGCAAUCCUGUACCGCUGAAUCCCAAAGAGAAAAACAUGCUUCAAGAAUUAGAAGACGAUGUUAAUCCAGCUGCAAUAAAACCUGGUCAACUUCCGGGAUCUUGGAAUGAGCACACACAGUUAGAGAUUGUAGAGGAUUUGCCUAACGAGUAGUGAGUGUUAAUGUUGUUCAUGUGUUUGUGGAAGAGGAGUCCAAACAGCUGCUGCAAAAUGUACAGAAGGAGAAAGGAAGGUUGAAUUAGCUGAGGAAAAGAAGACAACUAUUUGUACAUUAUAACAAAAAAGAAAAUGUUACACACUGACCUGUAUAAUCUUUAGUUUAUCUUCUGAUCAUUGUUGCACAUAUAAUUUCCUA